CCACACUCACAGACAUGUCGCACAAUAGCUGAAGUAAACCUGUCAUCGUGGCUCAUCAUUGAGCCUACAGAAACACACGCAGGUGGGAUCUGAAUUGUACAGCCUUUCCUCUGCCGCUUGCCUCGCAUCGGACCCUAGGUUUGAAAACGCCUGGAUAUGAAUUAUGAGUAUUUUCCUCACUAAUGAACUGGAUCAGUAAUGCAGGAGACCGCGUCGACCCUCUCAUCAGCAUUUCAAGAUGGCAGAUUUUUAUUGAGUUUUGAACAGAAAUCUCGCUUUAUUUUUUGCCAUGAAUAACAGAAAUCCUUGCACCGAUGGCCCCUGUAUACGAAGGUAUGGCCUCGCAAGUGCAAGUGUUCUCCCCUCACACUCUCCAGUCAAGUGCCUUCUUUAGCGUGAAGAAACUGAAGGUGGAGCAAAGUUGUAACUGGGAUAUGACAGGGUACGGCACACAUAGCAAAGUCUACAGCCACAACAGCAGCAAGAACGUGUCGGCCACCAGUGGCCCCCUAGGCAUCAACAGCUCCCUGCAGGUUGCCAGCUCCACCCUGCCCUACGAGCAGGCUCUUGUCUUCCCAGCCACCGCGGGCCACAUUGUGGUCGCCUCAGCCAGCAGUACUUCAGGGGCUGUGGGGUCACUGCUCGGCAGCGGGGGUGGAGGCAGCAGCAGCAACAGUAGUGCCGGUGGAAGUGGCGGGGGUGGCAGUGGUGUGGGUGUUGGGGUUGGUGUUCACAACCUGACACGCCGCAGCACAGUCAGUCUCCUAGACACCUAUCAGCGAUGUGGGCUCAAACGCAAGAGUGAAGAGCUUGACAACAACAGCAGUGUGCAGAUCAUUGAGGAGCACGGCCCAUCGAUGAUCCAGAACGGAGCAGCCAGUGGAGCCACAGUGGCUACGGUGGCCACAGCCACCUCCACAGCAACAUCCAAGAACAGUGGCUCCAACAACGAGGGGGACUACCAGCUGGUGCAGCACGAGGUGCUCUGCUCCAUGACCAACACCUAUGAAGUCUUGGAGUUCUUGGGACGAGGAACCUUUGGACAGGUGGUCAAGUGCUGGAAGAGGGGCACAAAUGAGAUUGUCGCAAUCAAGAUCCUAAAAAACCACCCAUCUUAUGCACGGCAGGGUCAGAUCGAAGUCAGCAUCCUGGCACGUCUCAGCACAGAGAGCGCAGAUGACUACAACUUUGUGAGGGCCUAUGAGUGCUUCCAGCACAAGAACCACACGUGCCUGGUAUUUGAGAUGUUAGAGCAGAACCUGUACGACUUCCUCAAGCAGAACAAGUUCAGCCCGCUGCCUCUCAAAUACAUCAGACCAGUGCUGCAGCAAGUGGCCACAGCACUAAUGAAACUGAAGAGCCUGGGACUGAUACAUGCUGACUUGAAGCCAGAGAACAUCAUGCUUGUGGACCCAUCUCGACAGCCCUACAGGGUCAAAGUUAUUGACUUUGGCUCAGCCAGCCAUGUGUCCAAAGCUGUCUGCUCCACUUAUCUACAGUCCAGAUACUACAGAGCUCCAGAGAUCAUCUUGGGUCUGCCUUUCUGUGAGGCCAUAGACAUGUGGUCCCUGGGCUGUGUGAUAGCUGAGCUCUUCCUGGGAUGGCCCCUCUACCCCGGAGCCUCAGAGUACGAUCAGAUCAGGUACAUCUCACAGACACAAGGUCUGCCUGCAGAGUACCUGUUGAGUGCAGGGACAAAAACCACGAGGUUCUUCAACAGAGAUCCAGACUCCACCUACCCUCUCUGGAGACUUAAGACUCCAGAGGACCAUGAGGGUGAAACAGGGAUCAAGUCCAAGGAGGCUCGCAAGUAUAUCUUCAAUUGCUUGGACGAUAUGGCGCAGGUGAACAUGACGUCAGAUCUGGAGGGGAGCGACAUGCUGGCAGAGAAGGCUGACAGGAGGGAGUUCAUCGACUUGUUAACCAAGAUGCUGACCAUCGAUGCAGACAAGAGGAUCACCCCAGUCGAAACACUCAACCACCCUUUUGUCACUAUGUCUCAUCUCCUCGAUUUCCCACACAGCACACACGUGAAGUCGUGCUUCCAAAAUAUGGAGAUCUGUAAGCGUCGUGUCAACAUGUACGACACAGUCAACCAGAGCAAGACACCCUUUAUCACCCAUGUGGCCCCCAGCACCUCCACCAACCUCACUAUGACCUUCAACAACCAGCUAAACACUGUGCAUAGCCAGGCCACCAACCUGGCUCCCUCUUCCACCAACAAUGCCACCCUUUCCUUUUCAAGUCCUGAUGUCUCCAUACUAACUACCAAUCUACACUCACAGCCCUCCGCUGCCUCCAUGGCAGCCGUGGCCCAGAGGAGCAUGCCCCUGCAGCCUGGGGCUCCUCAGCUCUGUGCUGCCCGGCCUGACCCCUUCCAGCAGGCGCUCAUAGUCUGCCCACCUGGAUUCCAAGGGCUGCAGGCAUCCCCUUCCAAGCACACCAGUUACUACUCCGUGCGGAUGGAGAAUGCUGUUCCCAUAGUGACGCAGGCCCCUGGUGCCCAGCCUCUGCAGAUUCAACCUGGCCUCCUUACACAGCAGGCCUGGCCGAGCGGCACCCAGCAGAUCCUGCUGCCUCCAGCCUGGCAGCAGCUCACCCACACCUCAGUCCAACACGCCACUGUCAUCCCUGACUCCAUGAGCAGCACGCAGACCCUUGCUAACUGGAGGAAUUCACACCCUCAUGGCAGCCAUUAUAAUCCCAUCAUGCAGCAGCCAGCCUUGUUGGCUGGCCACGUCACUCUCCCAUCCAACCAGACACUCAAUGUGGGAGUGGCACAUGUUAUGAGGCAGCCCACAACCAAUAACAACUCCUCUUCCAAAAAGAACAAACAGCACCAGAUGUCUGGCAGGAAUAUGUCAGCCAAUGAGGUGUCAUCCUCUCAAGUGGUGCUGUCUCCGCAGCGCUCAAAGCGGGUGAAGGAGAAUACGCCCCCACGUUGCGCUGUGCUACAGAACGGCUCGACCUCCACCUGUCCGCCCACGCAAGGGUGUGGGGGUGGUGGGUGGGGGGCUAGUGAAACAGAGCAGGCUUCCAGCACCACUCGAGACCAUCAGCACCAGCACAACGUCCCCAGACAGACGAUCAUCAUCCCUGACACACCCAGCCCUGCAGUCAGCAUCAUCACCAUCAGCAGCGACACAGAUGAGGAAGAUGACCACAAACAAACAAAGGUCACAAACUCAUCUUCUAAGCAGAGAAAGAAUGUCAUCAGUUGUGUGACGGUCCAUGAUUCACCAGAGUCCUAUUGCUCCAGCAACAACAGUCCUUAUACUGUUGAGUCAAGACCCCCCAACAACAAUAGCUAUGACACAAAGACCACCAUCUUGGACAACUACAACAAUGGAAACCCCCGUACCAUCAUCAUCCCCCCUCUCAAAACCCAGAACAGUGAAGUCCUGAAUGAGUGUGAGCGCCUGAUGCCAGAUGCAAUGAACCAUCAAAAUUCAACUUACAAGUUCAAAUCCUCCAAUGGCGUGGCACCUGGCAAUAAUCACAUAGUAGGGGGCGUAACUGGAGGUGGGUCCUACCGGCAGCAGCGCUCAGGGCCACACCCCCUCCAGCAGCAGCCUCUCAAUCUCAGCCAGGCCCAGCAGCACAUGGUAGCCGAACGUAAUGGAGUACACCGGCGCCAGCAGGCCUACAUCACCCCUAACAUUGCUGCUCAAGCCCCAUACUCCUUCCAUCACAACAGCCCCUCUCACACAGGCAACGUUCACCCACAUCUGGCUGCCACACACCUCCCUAGUCAGCCCCAUCUCUACACCUACACAGCCCCUGCUGCUCUGGGCUCUACCAGCACCGUGGCUCACCUGGUGGCGUCACAGAGCUCGGCACGCCAUGCAGUCCAGCACGGAAGCUACCCCCCAAGCAUCGUCCACCAGGUUCCAGUUAGCAUGGGGCACCGUGUGCUGCCCUCGCCCACCCUGCACCACAGCCAAUACCAGGCCCAGUUCGCCCACCAGGCCUACAUCAGCGCCUCACCCGCCUCCACUGUCUACACUGGAUACCCGCUGAGCCCCACCAAGGUGAACCAGUACCCUUACCUCUAGAGAAGACACUGACUGACACUGGAGAGCCUGACCCAGCGCUGCUGCUCCUUUCCUCAGCCCCAGCCCACCUUGAGCCCCGUCAACAUCCUAAACAUCUUCUCCUCGACCUCAGACAUAAGCAGAGACAGAGGAACUUGCAAUCCUCCUGAAACUGUCAUGUGUAACUUGAAGAUAUUACGACAGAGAGCAAAAGAAAAAAAUAAGAUUCACAGCCUUGCUAGAAGGAAAAGUUUAGAUUUAAAUUUCAGAGGGGUACAGUUCAAGAAUUUUUCUUUUUCAUUUUUUUCUCUUAAAAGGGCCAGUUUUUGCUUUUAUUUGCCUAUUCUUCGCUUUACUUUAAUAAGAAAAAUAAUGUCUCAUUAGUUUUACAGGGAAGUAUGGAGCAGGCCUUUUGGGACAGAGGAUGUUUUCUGGUUUGUUUGUUUGUUUGUUUUUUCCUUUUUAUUACCCCUCUAACAUUUGGGAAGUGACUGUCGAACAGGAGUUACUGACUGGAGAAAUCCAGAGAAAUCUGGGAAGAGGUGGAAUACGGAAACCUGCUGCUCUUCAAAGAAAAAAAAAUAUUGAUGGCCUUGAACUGUCUCAGUAUUUCCAAAUCAUUCAUGGUGUGGGGGGAGAAUAGAAAGGCAACUCCUCCUACGCCACCUCCUCCAGCAGAGGAGGCUUCUGGAAAUAUAACCAAGAGAAGACAACAAACUUUUUAGUGUAUUUAUAGAUAUUUUUCCUUUCCGUUUCACCUUUAUGAUGAUACUUCAGUUUUAGCUAGGUGUCUUAGCUGGGCCCCGUUCUUAGAAUGUAGCAGUCUGCACCUGUUUUUUUUUGUUUGUUUGUUUGUUUUUUAAAAGAAGUUUUUUCCCUGGAUACCAAUAGAUUUAUUUGUUCCUCUUUUUUUUUUUUUCAAUGUGAUUGCACAAAGUGGUUAUAAUAACAUAGGCAUGUGCAACGUGAUUGUCUGUGUGUGCUACUGUCAGCCAUGCGUGUGUAGUCCACCUCCUCAAAACCCUCUUCAGUCUUUAGGUUUUGACCAUUGUUUCCUCGUAGUGCCUUACAGAUAUAAUGACACAGUUUACUUGGCUUGGAUCCUGAAAGCCGCAAGAGACUAUAGCGAUACUUAGAGACACACGUUUCCCUGGUUUGACAUCCUAAUCGGGGCAGUUGUAGCUCUCUUCCAGGUGUAGGCUCAGCCCUUGCUGUUUCUUGUCCUUAAUGACAGCAUACCAUAGAUGACGAAGAUUAAUGUCAGAGCUUUUAUCAUGCUGAGCUUUUAUAUUAUGCGUGCAUGAGAUAACAUGCCUGGGGUACUUACCAAAGUCGUAGAUAAAUUCUUGCUACAUUUGCUUUGGAUAUUAAUGUAAAUGUGAAAAUGUACAGUAUAGCUGUAGCUGUAAACCUCUAUCACAGUGGCACCCGAAAUGUGGCUUUAGUUAGGAUUAUGUUUAUUUCCUUUUAAUCACACAAGGGAAUUGUGUGUCGUGAUCAGAGGGCAACAAUAUUAGCUCAGUUUUCAUGUACAAGGAAUGAGUUACAGUAUAAUGUUUGAGACUCAGCAGAGGUAAAUUCUUUUUUAAGGUUAAAAGCUAGUCCGAGCGAAGGGCCUGACAGAAAGUGAUUGCCAUGAGGGUGAUUCUGUAAGGCUUUAGAUAGCCUGGCUGCAGCACAGAGACAGCGUGUUGAGGGUUGUUGAGAGAGGUACGUUGGAGGCAUGAGUUAAGGGGCUGAUUGAAAGCGUAGGGUCAGUUUAGGAAGGGACUGUGUAGGGCAGGGGUGAAACUCUCUAUUUUAAAUGAGACUAAAAUGGUAGCAAGUUGGCAAAGAGCAGGUUGAUAGUAAACACUGAGCCCAAGAGGUUGGUGGAGCCACGGUGGGCACUGCCGUACCUGAAUGCACACAUAAAAUUCGGACGUAAAUCCUUUUAGUUGUUUUCAGUCGUUCCUGUUGUUGUUUGUUUCUGCAGCGAAGAUAAUUGGAAGUGAAUUCAUUGAGGUUUGGGUAGCAUCUCGUUGAGCAGAACAGAAGGGAAACGUCACAGCGUACACCUGGAAGGGCACAUUGUGGAUGGUUUGUCGUCGCUGUCCAUUUGUCUUCGAACCAGGUUCACCACAGACACCGCCAUGCCAGCCAGACGGGAUACCCAAACACUUAGAGAACCAAUAGGGCUGUUGCUUUGUGUGUUUGCUGCUUGAUUUUAAUAGAUUUCAAUUUCUUGUAGCUAAUAAUGAAAUUAAUCUCCAUUGUCCGCUUGAACGUGGGCACAUCAGAACUGCUGGUGAUUUAGUGAAAGCCUUUCCCUCUCCUUCAUGGUAUGCCAUAGUACUUGCAUUUGAAGUGAUUUUUUUUUUUUUUAAAACAUUAUCUUGAACUUUUUGACAUGGCUGUAGUACAUGUGUUUAUUUUUAGAGAUUGUUGCAAUAAUUCUUGUUGAUGUUUUACCAGAGCGUGUGUGUUUUUAUUAUAUGUCAGGCUCAUUUCUAUUUUGUAACCUGGGGGUUGAUGUACAGUAAUAUUUAGUAUUUUGUUGAGGUGGUUGCACCUGUGUAAAGUGUUGCAACACUGCUGAAGAUAGUAAGUGUUGAGUUGACGAUAAUCUACUGGGGCCCUUAUGGAUACAUGCUUGGCUCGAGGAUGCCACACCCAGGUUUGAAAUCCAGCAGGCCCCUGAUGGGCCCCAGAGUGGUCGUUUAUCCCGGUACUUUCCUCAAAAACUCUCCGCUCCCCAUCAGCUCCAGCAUGCAAGCCUUGGGUCCAGGCACUUAAAGAUGUGAUUACAUAGUAUGUUGCUGGUUACAUCAUUUGUGUCUGUUCUGUUGUUGUCUUUUUAUGUUAUAUUAUUUUAUCUACUUAAUUUCCUCUGGGUCAUUGGGGCCUUAGCACACACACACAUAAGGGAAGUGAUUUUCCAUUGAAAUCUUUUAGCUCCUCUGUUAUGAGACAAACUACUGAAACAUUCCACUGUUUUGAGGGAAUUUGGCAUUACCCACGCUACACUGCUGUCCUGACACCCCCC